AUGGUUUUCAAAUCCAGAUGGUGUGUGGAGAUGCCCAACGCAUCACUACCUACGGUAAUUUUUGGAUCACCAACAGCGACGUUAUCAACGACCAAAUGCAGCUUUAUUGAUGCGGCUCGCCCCGACACCCACUAUUUCACGGCCCAUGACUACCGUCUUUGGUGCCAGCGGUUCGCCGUUGGAUUGAGAAAAUCGGGGGUGAAAACAGGCGAUCGUGUUCUUCUAUUCUCUCCGAGUGACUUGUUCUUCCUUGUGGUCUUCAUGGGGAUUGUGAUGGCUGGUGGCAUCUUCACCGGUGCAAAUCCCACGUACAUCCCAAGAGAGUUGGCAUACCAGCUAAAGGACAGUGGAGCAAAGUAUCUCCUGUGCGCCGAGGGAAGUCUGGAUACUGGUAUUGAAGCAGCAAAGUCCAUCGGUAGGGGCCUGGAUAGGGUAUUCCUAUUUAACAGUGCAGUGUUUGAUGGUACGGGGAGUGGUUCACGGGGUUGCCGUUACUGGGGAGACCUCAUCGCAUCCCCUACAGAGGCAGCCGGUUCUUCUGGGAGUCGUUAUCAGCUCCAAGUGAAUCUAAUCGAACUUUGGCCUUGA